AUGCUUGGGUUUCGACUCAGUGGGUUAUCAAGUUUGUUCAGACAGACUGCGCAGCGUGCUAACAUGCACACUUCAUCAUGUGAUCCGUGCGACAAAGGAGGCCUGACUCUGAAGGUUGGGAAACAGCUCGACAAACGAGCGUCUGUUCAGGUCGAGUUUUACUCUGAAGAAAAAAUUUCGAAGUUGGUCGAGAACCGCCGUCUCCCGACCGCGCUCUCGGACGAUCUGAAGGGCAAGCUCGGUCAAACGACGUGGUACUACCCGGCCGGCUCGGAGCCCCCGAGAGUUUUGUUCGUCGCGUUGGGGAAGGAGGCGGAGCUAGAGCGCCAGCACCUCCGAAAAGCGGCGCAGCGGACGUGCGCAGCUCUUCAGGACAAAAAAUUGCAGGUGGCGACGGUUCGCGUGCCCUCCGACCCCGCGUUCUUCAGGGCGUCUUCGAACCCGACUGGCGCUCAGGAGGAAAGGCCGAUUCGCCCGCAGGACUGGGUCGACGAGCUGGCGAGGGGGUUCCUGGACCAGAGCUACCAAUUCCAGAAGUACAUCACCAAAGAGGACUUGAAGAAGGCGUCUCUUUCGGAAGUGACGUUUCAGCUGGAAGACGUCGAGUCGGAGGGCGAGAUGAAGUGCGCCGAAGAGGCUUUGAGGAGGUCUGAGGCGAUCAUGAGCGCGCAGUCUUGGGCGCGAGACAUGGCUAACGAGCGAGGAGAAGUGGCUAAUCCGGAGUGGUACGAGACGCGAGCCCGUCUGUUGGCUGAGCAGUACCCGGACCGAGUGUCGGUUGAGACGAUUUCGGCUUCGCGCCUUAAGGAGUUGGGGUUGAACUUGAUUCACGCGGUGGGAAAGGGUGGUCGAGUCGAGCCGAGAAUGGUGCUUGUUCAAUACAACGGAAGUUCGAGUUCGGACGAGAGAGUGGCGCUCGUCGGGAAGGGGAUUACCUUCGACACAGGGGGCUUCAACUUGAAGCCGACAAACCACAUUGAAGACAUGUAUGUCGACAAUGCGGGCGCUGCCACGGUCCUCGCCACGAUCAGGGCGUGCGCGGAGCUCGGAAUUGAGAGAAACGUCGUUGCCGCGCUUCCUUUCGCCGAAAAUUCGGUGGACAGACACGCCGUGCUGCCGUCGGCCAUCAUUAGGUCGUACAAAGGUGUCACUGUCGAAAUCAAGAACACCGACGCGGAGGGACGCCUCGUGCUCGCGGACGCCCUCACGUACGUCCAGAGGCAUUACGGGCCGAGCCACCUCGUGGACGUUGCCACGCUCACCGGAGCCUGCGUCGUGGCGCUCGGCGACUGCGCUGCCGGUAUUUUUACCAAUUCCCCGGCGUUCGCUCAAGAACUCCAGCAAAUCGGACAGGCCGUCGGCGAAGUCGUCUGGCCCCUCCCAAUCCUCGAAAAGCAUUCGGCGGAGCUCAAGGGCACGGACAGCGACCUCAAAAACAUCGGCGGCGCGCGUCACGGCGGCGCCUGCGUCGCGGCCGCGUUCUUGAAGGAAUUCGUAGAAGAUGGCACCAAGUGGUGCCACCUAGACAUCGCGGGCACCGCCACCGCGCAUGGAGACAAGCAGCACGGCGCGACGGGAUUCGGCAUCCAACUGCUCGUAGAGUGGCUAGAUAAAUCGGCCAAAAACAACUAGCGCUCCCGCCACCUCGCG